AUGCCAUUAUAUAUGUCUUUACUUGUGGAGCAUUCUUUGAGUCCAUCUAUGAUAAGAGGACAAGGUUAUGAUGGUGCUAGCAACAUGAGAGGUGAAGUAAAUGGUCUUAAGACUUUAAUCAUGAACGAUACUCCGAGAGCCUACUACAUACAUUGUUUUGCUCAUCAACUCCAACUUAUACUAGUAGCCGUUGCUAAAAAAAAUGAUACUUGUGGUUGGUUAUUUGAGAUAUUUGCAAACUUGUUAAAUGUGAUUGGGGUUUCUUGUAAAAGAAGGGACAUGCUUCGACAAAGCCAAGCUCAACAUGUGGCUCAAGCAUUAGAGGUGGGGGAAAUUGAUAGUGGAACGGGUUUGAAUCAAGAACUUGGUUUGAAAAGGCCCGGAGAUACGCGUUGGGGGUCUCAUUUCAAGUGUCUUUUAAAUAUCAUCAACUUGUUUCCUUCUAUUGUUGAUAUACUUGUGUAUAUUGGUAAACAUGGUUCGUCGGAAAACAAGUUCAAAGCUCAAAUUGUUUUAUGCUCAUUGGAGUCAUUUGAUUUUAUUUUUAUGGCUCAUUUGAUGUUGACUAUACUUGGGUACACAAAUGAUUUGUGUGUUGCUUUGCAAAGAAAAGAGCAAGAUAUUGUGAAUGCCAUGGGACUUGUUAAUUCCACAAAAAAUGUGUUGCAAAAAAUGAGGGAACAAGGAUGGGAGACACUCUUACACAAAGUUACUUCAUUUUCAACUAAGCACAAAGUUGAAGUACCUAGCAUGGAUGCUCUUUAUGUUCCCCAAGGAAGAUCAAGGCGUUUUGUUGAACAAGCAACGAAUCUACAUCAUUUUCGAGUUGGAAUUUUUUUUGGAAGUGAUUGA